CCUCACAGUAAUCAAAUGACAGAAUUAAAUUUUUAAAAUCAUCUUAGUACUUACAUUCUAAAGCUUCCUAAAAGUUAGAUUGUUUUCAGUGGUUUUAGAGUAAAUAUAUUUACUUCUUAACUUUAAAAUGUUUCGCAACCAAUAUGACAGUGACGUCACAGUGUGGAGCCCACAGGGUCGUCUCCAUCAAGUGGAGUAUGCGAUGGAGGCAGUUAAACUGGGUUCAGCAACAGUCGCACUGAAAAAUAAACAGUUUGCUGUAUUAAUCGCUCUCAAAAGAGCAGUGAGUGAACUAUCAGCUUAUCAAAAAAAAAUUAUUCCCAUUGAUGAUCAUAUUGGUAUCUCAAUGUCUGGUCUUACUGCAGAUGCUAGAAUGUUAAGCCGUUACAUGCGCACAGAGUGUCUCAAUUAUCGUUAUGCACAUGAUGCACCAAUGCCAGUUGGCAGACUUAUUGGUAUGGUUGGUAACAAGAUGCAGAUAUGCACUCAGCGAUAUGAUAAAAGACCAUUAGGAGUUGGGCUUCUGGUAGCUGGAUAUGAUGACCAAGGGCCGCAUAUAUACCAGACCUGCCCAUCAGCAAAUUUCUUUGAUUGCCGUGCAAUGGCUAUUGGAGCUAGAUCUCAGUCAGCAAGGACAUAUCUUGAGAAGCACCUCACUUCAUUCCAUGAUUGUGAUCUGCAGGACUUGGUUGCCCAUGGUCUUAGAGCUUUGAGGGAUACACUGCCCAACGAAGUUGAUUUAAAUACUAAGAAUGUAUCAAUCGCUAUUGUCGGGCCUAAAACACCUCUGCGAGUGGCUGAUGAAGCGGAAUUGAGUCGUUUCCUGGCGCUGGUCGAAGGAGAAGAAAGACGUGGAGGGACAGCCACUGGAGACGCUGCACCUUCGGGGGAAGAGCCCCAGCCACAACAGGCGAUGGACACGGAGUAAGUUCAAGACUGGAAGCCGUGGGAAAGGAUGACCAGAUUGAAGACCUGAUGCCGUAUUGUCCUCCUACCCACAAAUAUUCCACACUUGUGGUUCUACCCUCUAUUCUAAGCUAUUGGAAAGGGCGGCCUCGGCCAGUGUUUGGACCUAUUGCUGCGUAAAUUACUGGUAUAAGUUAAUUAAAAAUAAAUUAUCUGUGUUCAAAACUAAAUGUAUGGUGUAGUCCCAUUAUUAUACACUGUUCUCUUUCCAUAACAUUAUACAAACGAUGCGACCAAAGGGGCAAAAACCCUUUUUAUUUAAACAAAAUGGAAGCGACCGCCUUGCUUGUACUAGAUAUAUUUACGUUUAUAUGUCUGAAUGCUGGCCGAGGCUUAUAAUAUGUAUCCUGUGUAAUUCUUUAUAAUUAAAUACAUACAUUUUUAA